AUGACAAUUGAUCAAGACGCGCUCAAGAUGGUAGGCGCAGCGACAAAGAAGGAAGUAGUGCUGCAGCUACGAAAGAGCCUGUUCGGCCUCAAGCAGGCUGGCCGACUCAGGAGCCAGCUCCUGCACGCUCGGCUGCUCGAAGCCGGCUUCCGGCAAUGUAUUUCCGACAUGUGUCUAUACUACCAAGUCGAGGGUGGGCAGUUGGUCACCGUGGGCGUCUACGUCGACGAUCUACUUGUUACCGGCACGGACGCUGCACCCGUCGAUUGA